UUUCGGUUUGCAGACGUCUCGCCGUCGCUGCUGCACGCGCAUGUGCUCCUCCAUGUGCGGAAUUAACUCCACCCACGCGCUUCCACGCCACUCCAAACGUUGCUUCCCGCUCAUGCGCUGAAAAAAAAAGAUCCCACUUCUCUCUCUCUCUCUCUCGGAAAGCUCGGCCAUAUCUCUCGGAAUUAAAUGUGGAAAAUGGGUGGCGUGCUGGUCCCAAGGGAAAUGUUUCUAUGGAGCAUGGCGAGCAUAUAUUUAUUUGCUUUUGCGUCUCUCUACAUCCAGAUACCAGGUCUGUAUGGAGAGGAUGGUAUAAAGCCAGUGCGUAUACCUCGAGUGCAGACGCCCCUGCUGGAGAAGCUGAAGGACAUCCCGUCACUCCUGUGGCUGGCUCCGUCCUUGAGCAUCGGACCUCAGCAGGGUCUGGAGCUCAUCUGCCUGUUGGGGGCGCUGCUGAGCCUGGGAGCCGUGCUUCUGAGUGGCCUGAGAGACUGUCUGGUUUAUUUCUGCCUCUGGGCGCUUUACCUUUCCCUGUACACUGUUGGGGGAGAUUUCCUUCACUCCGAGUGGGACAGUCUUCUGUUGGAGGCAGGGUUUCUGGCCUUCCUGGUCGCGCCAUGGGGUUUACUUCGAAGGUCCUCUGCUCCACACGAUUCUGUGACCUUCUGGUUGACCCGCUGGCUGCUCUUCAGGGUCGUGUUUUGCACCGGGGUGAGCAAGCUGGCCAGUGGUGACCCGUGCUGGUGGGACCUCACCGCACUGAGUCGGCAUUAUGACACCCAAGCAACUCCCACCCCCUUGGCCUGGUACACACAUCAGCUUCCUGAUUGGUUGUCAAGGCUCGGUGCGGUUUGCAUGUUAGCAGUUGAGAUUGCCGUUCCUCUACUGAUGUUCUUCAUUCCUGUUCGUGGAUUAAGACUCAGUGCCUUUUCCAUUCUGGUGGUUCUCCAGCUCUGUAACAUCCUGUUAGGUGGCUGCAGCCUUUUCCACCUGCUGACCAUCGCACUGAGCUUCUCUCUGCUGGAUGAUGAGGUGUUGGACUGCUCGCCAGUCUCCAAGAAGAAGGCCAAGACUAAGACUUGGGGCCAGUUUUUGGUCUCAAGUCUGAAUUUUCUUUUCAGGCUCGUCGUCCAUCUCCUCAUUAUUUUCAGUGCAGUAAUGUUCUUCAAACUGGAGAUCAAUUGGGAAAAGAAGAUUGUGACAUCUAAACCAACCUUUUCCCAAGAACGCUUUAAUGACUUUGUGAGCCAGAUCCAGUUUCCUAGCAUUUGGAUCGGAGUGCUUUCCCUGACUUGGGAAGUUGUAGCUGCCCUGCUUAAGUGCUUGUAUGUACGAGGCGUCCUGGGCAAGCUGUGGGCGAUCAUCCAGUGGCUCACGUUCACUGUUGCUGUCGUCGGGGUUUUCUCCCUCAGCCUUGUUCCGUACAGUGCCAUGGGAGGAAUGUCCAGCAAAAUCAUACCCAAGGUGAGGGAGGCCUUUGAAGCUGUGGAAAAGUUUCACCUCGUCAGUUCAUAUGGUAUUCCGCAUAGAAUGAUUCCUCCUGCAGGACGGCCUGAGAUCGUCCUCGAAGGCAGCAUGGAUAAGAAAACAUGGAAGGAGCUGAGCUUCAUGUAUAAGCCGGGCAGUACGAGUGGAGUUCCUGCAGUUUUCGGGCCUCACGAGCCGCGGUUAGACUGGCUGCUGUGGGAAGCUGCUCGAGAAAACCAUGACCAGAACCCCUGGUUUACAGGCCUGAUCCAGCGCCUGCUGGAGGGCAAACAGGAUGUGGUGAGUCUGCUGCAGGUGGAUGAAGCUCAGUAUCCUUUCAGCUCCAAACCACCAGCUUUCAUCAGGGCUAAAGUCUACCACUACCGUUUCACCCACACUCCUGAGGACGGGACGGAAGCACUGACGUGGUGGAACCGGCAGUAUGUGAGGGAAUUCUUUCCCACAGUGCACUUGGGUGACCCUGCACUUGAUGAGUUGCUGAGUGAAGCUGGACUUAAGGAGGAUUUCCCAGUCCAGCCUGUUUCCGACACACCUCUAUCACAGGCUCUGAGUUUGCUCCAAAGCCGGGCUAAGGGUCUUUCUGGACACCUGCUGACUUCAAGCCUGUUCGCCACCGUGGUCUCCGUCCUCCUCAUCAAAGCCUUGUUCUCUCGGACCAGGAGCACUAAAGGCACCAAACCCAGAUCUGCUGUACCCGAACAGAAGAGUAAGAAACCCAGAGACCACACCGAACCCUCUGAGAAAAGCCGCGGUGCCUCCAGCCGAGGAGGCAGGAAGGAGAACUCUGAAGAGAGGAAGCUGGACUCUGAUAAAAGCCCACGCAAGAGGAAGUGAGCUCCGAAACGCCACGUCCGGCAAAGGUGGAGGAUUUAUUCUCAGGUGUAUUACCGUCCAAGUCUAUACAUUAAAUUAUUUUUCUAAACCCCCUCUCUGAUUAGCAAAGUGUUAUUUGGUCUAAGCACAGAUUACAGCUUUAUAUCGUAUAAACCAGGGCUUUGAACGAUCGCGCGUCUUCUUUGCAUAGUGUGUGUAUUGGAUUUGUUUAUUUUUCUCCGUAAGGGCUCUAAACUCGACCGCUUUCUCCGAUAACCUGGUAACUAUUUCUCCUAAGUUCAGAAUUGGUUUGAAAUCUUUGGAGUUGUUGAUAUUUUUAUAGGAUCUUUUCAAAAGCAAUCUGCAUAUCAUCUUUAAUCAUGUUCACCUAAAGACAUAAUGUUGAGAUGUGUAUUUUUGUCCCAUGGUCUAAACCUCUGACGAUUAUUAAAUGUGUGAUGUUUGGUA